AGGCGGGCGUCACAGGCUGGGAAGCCGCGGCGCAAGGCGGGAACGCGGAGUCCACGGAGCUACGCGGUGACAUCACGACGUAGCCGUACGCGCGGUGGCGUCACGACGUAGCCGGGCGCGCGGUGACGUCACGGGGCGGGAGCGGGGAGCGUUCGGAGCCGGGCGGGACUCAGCGCAGCGGGGCCGGCGAGGCGCCAUGGAGCUGUUCCAGUCGGACGGGGACUACAUCGUCCAGAAGGAGGAGAGCGCGCUGUGGUGCAGCCGCGUGAACGGGCGUCUGAGUGCGCGACCCGGCUCAGAUCUGCUAAAUGCAUGGAACCCGGUGUGCCUCGGGGAAGUGGAGGGAGUCAUCGGCAAGAUCAAGCUGCACCCCGACCUCCACUGGCAUCUGCUGCUGAUUCGACAGAAGGAGCUGGUGGGGGUGCUUCCCGGGGGCCAUGAGGUCUACAAGGUGUCCCGCAUCGCAUGCCUGCCACUCAGCGCCGCCGAGCCCUGCGAGAUGGAGCUUCAGCCGUGCAAGAAGCAUCACUUUGGCAUUCCGAAGGGAGAUAAGGUUGCCUCUGCAGUUGAGGACAAGUUCCUGCUGAAAACUUUAAACCACUUAAAGUCCAACGUUGCGGCUCCCAUCAAGAAAAAGACCCAGAAGGAUGCGUCAGGCCGGGAUCGUCUGGAGCGCCGGCUGUUGGAAGAGCUGGUGAAGAUGUUCACAGACUCGGACUCCUUCUUCUUUUCACCGACGUUUGACCUCACCAGUAGCGUGCAGAGGCAGCGCUCCUGCCAGCGCUCCAAGCCGCUCGCGUGGCAGGAGUGCGAUGACCGCUUCUUCUGGAACAAGCUCAUGCUGCAGGACCUCAUCGACUCGCAGGACGAGCGGGCGGACUUCUGGAUCAUGCCGGUGAUCCAGGGGUUUGUGCAGAUCGAGAAGCUUGUGGUGAAGUAUGGGGACUCUUCGGACGACGAGCGCAGCAGCCCCGAGAGCCCGCCCACAGAAGCCUCGACCGAGGCCCCCCACCCCGAGUUCCUCGUCGCCCUUAUCUCCCGGCGCAGCCGUCACCGCGCAGGCAUGAGGUACAAGCGGCGUGGGGUGGACAGGGACGGCCACGUCGCCAACUUUGUGGAGACGGAGCAGCUGAUCCACAUUCACACGCACACGCUGUCCUUCGUGCAAACGCGCGGCUCGGUGCCCGUCUACUGGAGCCAGGCUGGGUACACCUACAACCCCAGGCCACAGCUGACCAAAGGUGACAAGGAAACCAGGGAUGCGUUUGAAUUUCACUUUAAGAAGCAGCUUGAGAUCUAUCAGAGGCAGGUGGUCGUCAACCUGGUGGACCAGGCCGGUCGGGAGAAGAUCAUUGGGGACACGUUCCUCAAGCACGUGCUGCACUUCAACAGCAAGCAACUCACCUACAUCACCUUUGACUUCCACGAGCACUGCCGCGGCAUGAAGUUUGAAAACGUUCACAUUCUCACGGACGCCAUCUGCGAGAUUAUCAGUGACAUGAAAUGGUGCUGGGCGGACGCGGCGGGGCUCAUUCAGGUACAGCAAGGAGUGUUCCGCGUGAACUGCAUGGACUGCCUCGACCGCACGAACGUGGUGCAGGCCGCCAUCGCCCGCAUCGUCAUGGAGAGCCAGCUAAAGAAGCUGGGCGCCAUGCCCCCUGAGCACCAGCUGCCCAUUAAAUGCCGGCGCAUCUACCAGGUGAUGUGGGCCAACCACGGGGACACGGUGAGCCGGCAGUACGCUGGCACGGCCGCCCUCAAGGGGGACUUCACGCGCACUGGCGAGCGGCGGUUUGCCGGCGUGAUGAAGGACGGCUACAACUCAGCUAAUAGAUACUACCUCAACCAGUUCCGCGACGCCUAUCGGCAAGCUGCCAUAGACCUCAUGCAGGGGCUGCCGGUGACGGAUGACCUGAGCACCAUCGUGAGCCGCGAGCGGCACCACGAGGCGCUGGCUCGCAGGGAGAGCCGGCGCAGCCAGGCCGAGCAGGUGAGCCAGCUGCUGCAGUCCUGCAUGAAGCAGCUGCUGCCCAGCCACGAGGAGUUCCACGGGGGCUGGGCGCUCAUCGACUGCGACCCCAGUCUGACGGACGCCACGCACCGCGACGUCGACGUCCUGCUCAUCCUCACCAACCGCGCGUACUACGUCGCAUACUUUGACGAGGAGGCUGAUAAGAUCACUCACUACCAAAGGAUCGACCUGGCCGACCUGGAGAAAAUAGAGAUCGGCCCUGAGCCCACGCUGUUUGGGAAGCCCAAGUUCAUCUGCAUGCGCGUGCACUCCACGUUCAACGGCGCCGGCGGGUACUUCCACACGCUGCGAGCCGCCACGCGCUCCCCCGAGGACAGCGGCAAAGACACGCUGCAGUGCAUCACAGAGAUCUUCCAGAUCGUGAAGCAGACGAGCGGCGGAACCCUGCUGCAGACCGAGGGCAAGCUGGAAAAGAAGAAGAGCAAGCCACACGAGGAGAUCAUUGGCGUGUCUCACAAGGAGGAGGGUGCCGACGGCUGGUCAGAGGAGAACUUCUCGAAGCUGUCGCUGGGCUCCCCGUCGGGCCGCUCGGGGCUGGCGCAGAGCAAGCGCUACCUGGCAGGCGUCCAGCAGAACGUGCGCAGCAAGUUCUCGUCGCUCAACCAGAGGGUCAAGCAGUCCAAGCCCAACGUGAACCUCGCCGACCUCGGCAGCAACUUCCGCACGCUGAGGGCGUUUGAGGGGCCCAAUCAGCCGAAGGCCGCCGCCGUUGCCGCGGCGCAGCGCGCUCAGCCUGGCCGGGGGGGCCCGCAGGCCUCUGGCCAGCGGGCGCUGGACGCCGAAAGCGACCCGUCACUCUCCGACUCGGACAGCAUGGCAGAGGACGAGGACGAGUUUGGGAUCGCGACGGCGAAGUCCGACGACGAGCGCCAUGCGUCGCAGCCCGAUGUCCUGGACUACGUGCUGCCGAGCUGUGGCAUCGUGGCGUCCGCUCCGCCCGCGGCGCGCCCCUGCGGCGGCACCGGCCUCGUACGCCCCUCCAGCAUCGUCGUCACCGACUGCAGCGACCCCGCCCGUGAGGCCACGCGGUCCGUCGAGGAGUUCCCCGGGGAUUCGGCGGACCCCAAGGAGCGGCAGGAGCCGGCGCGGCGACCCUCGCGCCUCGACAUUGCGUGCGGAGGGCCGGCGGCCGCGGCGGGCGAUCCGCGGGCGGGUGCGUCGGAUGAGCGCGCCAGUCCCGGCGGGCGGCCCACCCCCACCUCCGGCGAGGGCAGCCGCACCGUGUCGCCUUUUGCACGCAUCAAGAGCUCGAUGGCGCAGAUGGCCAACAUGCCAUCCCCGCUGGGCCUGCUGCAGGGCAUGAGCUUCCCGUCGGGGCGCAGCCCAGAGCCCGAUUCCCAGGAGUCCCAGGAGCAGAGCCUCCAUGAAAUCAAGGCCAUGAUGCAAAACUGCCAGACGCGCAUUAUCCAGAUCUAACUAAAAUACAACAAGCCUCCUGCAUCCACACAUACAUAAAGUCUCCUGCAUCCACACAGACACCUCCGAUUAUCACUGUUGGGUAUGUACAUACAACCCCACUGCAUCCACACAGAAAUACUCGAGCAUGCGACACGCAGUGACCACCGGGCGACAAGCAGCAACGUGUAUCAUGGCCAGCAGUAAUGCUCUGUUACACUCGCGAUAUAAAUAUAUACAGGACCAUUACGUUAUUAUUAUUAUUACUGAAUGUCUUAAAAGUGCACUUUAACAUAUAUAGUGUUGGAAUUUAACUUUAAAGAGAUGCUCCGUCAACAUAACUAAUUACAAUUCGGUAUUGUCCUCGUUUGUAAAUUAUUUUACCAAUAACCUAAGAGAGAAUUUCAGAGUGAUCCCCAUACACAAUCCAAUCAUAGAUCCCCGAUAAUAAACGUUGGGAAGACAAGUUUUUAUAUUUUUCACAACGGCCAUUAUUUUAAUAGAGAACGCGAGAGGGACGCUCAAGGGGUCCAAGGGUCCUGGUUUACGCAACUCAGAAUUACACCGCCGCCAACUCGCGUCGCGUUAAACUACUGGAUUAAGGGAUAUAGUGACCGGUUUUUGAGAAGGCCGCCAUUUAGCCUAUAAGUAAACAUUUUAUCUACAGUAAUACCCUUAAAAUAAUUAAACCUGAACUACUGUGUCAAGACUAUAAAGAAGCAAUGCAGUGGAAGGGUGCGACGUGUGAACCCGUGACGGCGCGUCGGUGUUGCCGUCGCCGCGUUGCACGUGCUUCUCGUCGUGGUGAAGCCGAAGGGAAAGAGCGCCGUGGGUUGGGCGCGCGGACGGCUUUACCUCUUCCGCUAUGGACACAUUCCAAACUCAAGACUGUUGUAUCCAUCUCUUUCAUUUCCUUUGACAAUAUUUUACAGCUGACGUUUUGUUAUAUUUUACGAUGUUUGAUAAAUGCGUACGUAAAUAUGUACCCGUGGGGUUUGUGCUGUUGGUACUGUAUCGUAAGUGCUAUCGUUUUGAGGUUUAAUACAUGUCAAGCUUGCUGAA